AUGCCCACCACCACCACCGCCAAUCCUGCCUUCUCCUCCCAACACCCACGCCCUCCCCGGUCGUUAUUAUCCCCUGUCCGUCCUCCCACGCGCAGCUUCUGCUCUUGCUCUGGGACCUCUCUGCAAGUCGCAGCAAGAAAAGCAUCGAGAAGCUCUCUCUCUCUCUCUCUCAGUCUUGCUCUCUCUUGUAUGGGACUACUACUUGCGUACGCCCAAACCGAAAAGAUUUCACUCAUUGGUGCACUUUUAUCUCUCUCUCUUCUUUCUCUCUACCUACCUCUCUACCUCCCGCCGCCGACGACGCCGCCGCCGUUACUAGUAAACGACUUUGCCUCUUGUCCUUUCCUGCACAAGUUACCGAGUAGCAAAGACCCGAAGGCGAAUUCACACGCGCGCGCACGUACGUUCAAAACCCUGACAAUUUUUUAUUGCUCUGUUUUGCAUUUGCUGUCUAUUGCUGCUGCUAUUGCCUGCUUUCUUGCUUUAUUGUAUUCUGCCUCCUGCUUCUUCACCUUGCCUCUCACACACUUUCGCACGUCGUUGCUUGGGUGGCGCAUAUCAUUUGUUGAGUAUGUUCUGGCUCUGUCUUUACUUCAACCGCAUUCCCUAUUACAUACACCUACCUACACACAUCUCUUCUCUGACGUCGAGAUAUACACGGAUAUAUCCUCCCGACCCUGGGCCUGGCUAGAGGUGUGUGUACACGCGCAUACUAUGGUAUGCCCUCGUCGUCUCGCCUCCAAUUUGCCCCACGGCUUUGGUAGCGCGCUUACAAGGGCAUUGCCGUCGACAUCGCCAUCUCCGUCGAUAUCUCGACUCUCGUCGUGCCGUAACCUCGCAUCGGGUCCAAGGUCUCGAGGUACCGUGCCAUUAUAUUGCCCCCCCUUGUAUUACCUUACAUUGCACUUUCUCUCUACCCCGAACAAGAAGCCGCACCGGUGCCGUAUCAAGCUCCACCGCGUCUGCGCCCCCCUGACACUCUGCUUUCCUGUAUCGUCUGCUUUUGGUCUGGCUCUGGCUAUUGCGUUCCCAUUUUUGCUUUCACCCCCGGUUGGGCUGCUGCGGGCUGGCUGGCUGAUCGUGUGUACGCCUGCCUGUCUGUCUGGUCCUGGAUCCUCUAUUCUCUCUUCUCUUCACAUUGCUGCUGCCUCACAAGUGAGAGCGGGAGCAGCAAGUGCGAGGUGUGAGACGGUAGAGUGA